AUGUCUGUGCCCUUUUCACCUGGUUGGAAUGACCCCCCAGCGCUGUCGAUUGAAAAUUCAGGCUACACGCCCUCGAGGCGGCAAAGAGUGCGUGUUUAUCACUCCGUCGAUGGUGUUGGAGCUGCCGGUCGACCUGCUGAAAAUAGCUAUCCCAAUGUUAACCAGCCCCUUCCACCUAUCGCGCCGACCCUCCCUCAACCAUCGGCAGUACUUCGAGACCAGCGAUUUCCACUGCAGACGUUUCCAUCGGUGAUGAGCCAGCAGACACUGCCCUCACAAGCUGUUACUUGUAACACAUCCACUCUUGCUAGACUCGCCGCUCAAAUUAAUGGGAUAUUGGGGGAUACCUCGCUGGAGAUUCCUGGAAAAGACGCAAUUUUGGCCUCCUUAUCUUCACUGCAGAAUGUGAUUUCAACAAACCGACUUUCACCUUAUGCCUGUGAAUUAGUCGAACAACUUAUUUCAUUCCUAGAAAGCAGGGACUUCAAACAAGCAGAGAACAUUAUUAAUUUGAUGGGCCAGCAACCGGAGGUACGUCGCAAAGCGCGGUGA